AUGCAAACACCAGACAUCCAACGAGAAGUUAUCAAAUGCAUCCAGAUUAAUUUACAAAGAGCAAAAGCCGCCGCGUCACAAUUGAUCCAACAUACAAUCAACCAUCAACCAGAUAUACUAUUGAUUCAAGAACCUUACUGCAGAGCAGGGGAAGUCGCCUGUUUGCCACUCUGUUGGAAAAUAUUUCAGCGCAAAGCACAACAGAAUGAGCCACCACCAAGAGCAGCAAUCGCCUGCUGCAACCCGCUCUGGUCCCCGCUGAUAAUUACACAGAAGCGAGACCAUGUAGCAAUCCUCCUCAGCUUCUCAAAUUCACAGAUCAUCAUUUCCUCCAUCUACAGUCUCCCACCGGAUGAUAUCCACCAGACCAUCAUGAGCAUCGAAGAAGUAAAGACAAAGUGCCCCACAACAUCACAUGUUAUAGGCGGUGAUUUUAAUGCCCACAACAUCAUAUGGGGUUACCCAGCUACCACUCCAAAAGGGCAAGUCUUGGAAGACUACAUAUUGGCCAGCAAUCUGCAAAUCAUAAACACCCCCAACGCGCCACCCACAUUUGACAACACGUACCACCACGGAUGGCCAGAUAUUACAGUGACUACUAAUGAUAUAGCCAAUAACCUACAAGACUGGAUGGUAGCAGAUGAAGAGAGCUGCUCGGACCAUCGCUACAUACACUUCAAUAUUGCAAGCGACACAAGGAUCAGCAUCUUUAAAAGAUACAAACUUCCGGGUAACAAAUUGCGAAUACUUAACAAAGCUUUCUCUCUAACAUUACAGCAAGAAGAGCAGGAGCUAAGUCAAUACAAGAGCCCCAAUGAUCUGAACACUUAUACCGAGCGGCUGCUUGACACUCUACGGAGCAUUUGCGAUCAGCACCUGCCCACCAGAGCAGCAAAAUGUUUGCAAGGAAUUUCCUGGUGGACAAAGGAACUGCGACAGCAACGGCAAAAGUGCAGGGCUUUACGACGUCGCCUUCGCACCAACAUUAACGAAACCACCAAGAAUGCAAUAGUAGCAACCUUUAGGGAGGAAAGAGCGCAUUAUAAAAAUAAUAUCCUUAAAGCCAAAAUAACCAGUUGGCGUAAGUUCUGCACAGAAAAUAACAACCCAUAUGGAAUUCUACACAAGCUUGCCACCAACAAGGUCUUUAAGCCGGAUCAACUCUAUGCCCAAAUUGCCAACCAACCCAUUACCACCAACAUAGCAGAAUCCACGGCAGCCACAACCUUAAACACAGUCUUCCCAGCAGACGAUCCGGACGAUGACACGCCAGAGCAAAGGCACACAAGGGGAAACACCACUAUCCCAGAGACUUCAGACGACGAACCAUUUGAAAUGGAAGAGAUCAAGCAAAUCUUUCGACAGCUUCCAGUCAAAAAGGCACCAGGUCCUGACGGCCUGGAUUAUGCAAUAAUCAAGGUCGCCUUCAACGCUCGACCCACUUACUUUAAAGUUCUGUUUAACAAGCUUUACAUUGUCAAAUCUUCCCUACUGCAUUCAAACAAGGACAGGUCGUCCUGUUUUUAA